UUUUUAUUUUAAACCAUUUCAUUUUUUUCCAGCUUAAUUGAGAUACAGUUAACAGAUAAAAUAGUAUAUAUUUAAGGUAUACCACAUGUUUUGGUAUACAUAUACAUUGUGAAAUUAUUACCUCAAUCAAGCUAAUUAACACAUUUGUCACCUCAUUUACCUUGUAUGUGUUGAGAUCACUUAAGAUCUAUUCUCUUAAAAGAUUUCAAGAAUACAAUACAAUAUUAACUAUAGUUACCAUGCUGAAAUUAGAUCUCCAGAACUUAAUUCAACCCUGCAUGAUUGAAAUUUUUUACUCUCAAAAGUUUUCUUAAUUUACAUGUAGUUUUUAGUAUUUGUUUCAUUUCCUUGCAUUGGUUUUCCUGCUACAAGAAUUCCCGUUACCCCAAUAUUGGAUCUUUGCUUAAGUUAAGCACAUAGUAUUCACCACUAUCUCUCAAAUGCUUUAUCUCCUAAUGCUCUUUUGUUGCCUUAUUUCUGAGUUUCCUAAUUCUGAUUUAGGCUAUUCUCUCAUUUUCUUAAUGACUUUUAGCUCAUUUGCAAUAAGAUAGUUUUGAUUUGGUUCCUGGGCAUGUCUUUCUGGUAUGCUUUCAUUGUCUGAAAUGGAUGUUUUUCUGUUCCUUAUUCUCUUUAUGUGAAGGUUUUCCUAACUUUGUAGAAGGAAAUGCUGUUCAAGAUGGUUUUUCUGGCUUCACAUAACUCCUCAAAUACAUAAAUUCCUGUUGGACACUAUUACUCUUUUUUUAAGAUUUUAUUUAUUUGACAGAGAAAGACACAGCGAGAGAGGGAUCACAAGCAGGGGGAGUGGAAGAGGGAGAAGCAGGCUUCUGCCGAGCAGGGAGCCCAAUAUGGGGCUCGAUCCCAGGACCCUGGGACCAUGACCUGAGCCGAAGGCAGACGCUUAACGACUGAGCCACCCAGGCGCCUCACUAUUACUCUCUUUUUCAUGCUCAUUUUUACGUACUUGCUUUUUGUCACAAUAACCACCCAAAACUCAGCUUGACAAAGAUAGAUCAAAAAGAUAUGGAGCAGCCCUGUUGAAACUGAAGGACAUCCGGCUAGUGGUGUGCUUAGAGGUUGACCUAGGUCAAGCAUGCCAUAUGUUUCACAUGUAAGGUGGCCCGUGGUGCCCUGUGAGUUUGCUGUGCUGCCUGUGUGACACGUGGGUUUACAGCUGGGGUGCUGCUACUCUUCUGGAGAGACUACACUUGAGAAACCAACCAGGAAGACUUUUAACUUCUUUUUUUCUUAAAAACAAGAAGUACAGAAGAAAGAUUUUCAAAGUUGUACUACCAGCCAAGAAGAAAAUUUCUUCCUUUGGACCCAUGUACUCAGAUAGGCAAGCAGAUUGAUUAAAAAGAAUUUAAUAUAUUCAGAUCAGACACUUUGGAAACAGGUGUGUGCAUGCAUUUGCGCAUGUAUGUGUGAGAGAACGAACAGGCUUGCUUCAAGAGGAACGUACACUUAAGUGUAUGGUGUGUUUCUUUGCCUUAAUCUAGCAGUCUUCCUGGGGGAGAAAACUACAACCACAUUGAGUGGAUGAAAAGGAACAAUAGAGAGCAUGCUUGCAUGCUUAUUGACCUUGAUGUUUAAGGACACUUGUUGGUAAAUAUUUGGACUUGCCUUUGUGACCUGCCACAGUGAAUAUGAUUGACUUCUGGUUUCAGAUGCAGUCAAUCAGCCUGCCGGGUAAUGUAUUUUAUAAGAAAACUGUGUGUCUUUAUCAAGAGAAGGCAAGGAAAUCAGGAUUCCUCCAUACGAUUCAUCCUACACAGAAUCUUGGGAGUGUGUUCCAUGGGAAACGGUACGAGCAGACUCUAUAGUGCUCUCGCCAAGGCACUGAACAGCAGUGCUGCCUCCCAGCACCCAGAAUAUUUGGUGUCACCUGACCCAGAACAUCUGGAGCCCAUUGAUCCUAAAGAACUCCUUGAGGAAUGCAGGGCUGUCCUGCACACUCGACCUCCCCGGUUCCAGAGGGAUUUUGUGGAUCUGAGGACAGAUUGCCCCAGUAGCCACCCACCUAUUCGAGUCAUGCAGUGGAACAUCCUCGCCCAAGCUCUUGGAGAAGGAAAAGACAACUUUGUACAAUGCCCUGUGGAAGCACUCAAGUGGGAAGAAAGGAAAUGUCUCAUCCUAGAAGAAAUCCUAGCCUACCAGCCCGAUAUAUUGUGCCUCCAAGAGGUGGACCACUAUUUUGAUACCUUCCAACCACUCCUCAGUAGAUUGGGCUAUCAGGGCACGUUUUUCCCAAAGCCCUGGUCACCUUGUCUAGAUGUAGAACACAACAAUGGACCAGAUGGCUGUGCCUUGUUUUUCCUCCAAAACCGGUUCAAGCUAGUCAACAGUGCCAAUAUUAGGCUGACGGCCAUGACAUUGAAAACCAAUCAGGUGGCCAUUGCACAAACUCUAGAAUGCAAGGAGUCCAGUCGGCAGUUCUGUAUUGCUGUCACCCACUUAAAAGCACGUACUGGUUGGGAACGAUUUCGCUCAGCUCAAGGCUGUGACCUCCUCCAGAACCUGCAGAACAUCACCCAAGGAGCUAAGAUUCCCCUUAUUGUUUGUGGGGACUUCAAUGCAGAGCCAACAGAGGAGGUCUACAAACACUUUGCUUCCUCCAGCCUCAACCUGAAUAGUGCCUACAAGCUGCUGAGUGCUGACGGGCAGUCAGAACCUCCGUAUACUACUUGGAAGAUCCGGACCUCAGGGGAGUGCCGGCAUACACUGGAUUAUAUCUGGUAUUCUAAACAUGCUCUAAGUGUGAGGUCAGCUCUUGAUUUGCUCACUGAAGAACAGAUUGGACCCAACCGGCUACCAUCUUUUAAUUAUCCUUCAGACCACCUAUCUCUAGUGUGUGAUUUCAGCUUUAAUGAGGAACCUGAUGGACUUUUAUAAAUGCUUGUCUUUUUUAUCACAAGAGUCUUAACCAAGGAUGUUUCAGGAAACCAAAAUAGGAUAAGAAGUUGCCUGAGGAAGGAUUCCCAGUUUUUUUUAAUGUCAUUUUCCAUGUUUCCAGCAUGCCCUUGGGAAGGAAUCCCAUUAAUCCACAAACCUUUUCCAUUAAAACCUACAGCAAAGAA